AUGGCCCAGGAAUAUAAGCUCAAGGGCGUCACCUCGCUCGACCUCAAGCCAGGCGCCAAGAAGGAGGUCGAGGUUGAGGGGCUCGACACCAAGGUCCUCCUCCUCAAUGACGGAAGCAAGGUCCAGGCUGUCGGUGCAAAGUGCACCCACUAUGGCGCUCCUCUAGUCAACGGAGUCCUGACCACAAACGGCCGUCUUACCUGCCCUUGGCACGGAGCUUGCUUCAACGCCAAGACCGGCGAUGUCGAAGAUGCCCCUGCCCUCGAUGCCCUCCCUGUCUACAAGGUCAUCCAGAAAGACGACGGUUCCGUCUACAUCUCCGGCGAGGAGGCCACAGUCAAGGCUGGCCGUCGCAAGCCCAACAUCAGGUGCAAGGUCCAGUCUGCAUCAGUGGAAGACAGAGUCCUGGUGGUGGGCGGUGGCUCCGGCGCUAUCGGUGCGAUCGAGGGUCUCCGUACAAACGGCUUCCAGGGACCCAUCACUCUGAUCUCCAACGAAGGCUACCUGCCAAUUGACCGCACAAAACUGUCCAAGGCCCUCAUCACCGAUGCGAGCAAGGUCGAGUGGCGCGACAAAGAGUUCUUUGAGAGCGGCAGCAUUGAGAUUGUUGACGAUGAAGUCACCGGCGUCAGUUUCGCCAACAAGACGGUUAGCACCAAGGCCGGCGGGAACUAUGGCUACAACAAGCUCAUUCUGGCCACUGGCGGUACAGCCAAGUCGCUCCCUCUGCAAGGCUUCAAGGUGCUGGGCAACAUCUUCACGUUAAGAAACGUCCAUGACACCAAGCAGAUUGUGGACACCAUUGGCGACAAAGGCAAGAAGAUCGUUGUCGUUGGCAGCUCCUUCAUCGGAAUGGAAUUUGCCAACGCCACCGCUGCAGACAACGAGGUCCAUGUCAUCGGCAUGGAGGGCGCACCUCUGGAGCGUAUACUGGGAACUGAUGUCGGCACUGCCCUCCAAAAGGCCUUCGAAGGCAAGGGCAUCAAGUUCCACAUGAACGCCGGUGUUGACAAGGCUGAGCCUUCGACAUCUGACCCCUCCAAGGUGGGCGCCGUGCUACUGAAGGAUGGCACCCGCCUGGACGCGGAUCUCGUUGUGCUUGGUGUCGGCGUUGCUCCCAGCACUCAGUUCCUCAAAGACAACACAAUCGUGAAGCUUGAGGGCGAUGGCAGUCUCAAGACCGACGAGAACUUCAGCGUUGUCGGGCUCAAGGACGUAUACGCGAUUGGCGACAUUGCCAGCUACCCCUACCACGGCCCAGGAGGCGAGGGCAAGUACGUCCGCAUCGAGCAUUGGAACGUAGCGCAGAACGCCGGGCGGACUGCUGCUAGCCACAUCGUCGCACCCACGAGGAAACCCGCACCCUUCACGCCAGUCUUCUGGAGCGCCCUGACCGCACAGCUCCGCUACUGCGGAAACACAAUCGGUGGCUACGACGACGUCGUGUUCCAGGGCAGCCUGGACGAGGGCAAGUGGGCCGCCUUCUACACCAAGGGCGAGACGGUAGUGGCAGUUGCCAGCAUGGGCAAGGACCCUGUAAUGGUACAGAGUGCGGAGCUCAUGGCUCUGGGCAAGAUGCCCAACAAGUCCAAGCUGAAGGAAGGCCUGGACCCGGUCAGCCUUGGACCACCGGAGUAG